CUCUUCAUUUUUUUCACAUGCAUAGCCGUCGUUAAUGACGUCGACGGCAGCGUUGCGUAGAGUUGUUGUCAGAAGACGACAAAGUGACGUACGCGUAAUUCGUUUUUUUUUUACGUUUUUUGCUUCACCUUUACUUUUCUUAUACAUUCUUCUUUGAAAAGUGGUCAACAUACUCGUAUGCCGCAUACUUGCGGGGGUGGUUUUGGCGACAGCUGGGUGGCAAUGUUGUCUGCAGCGCUGUUGCUGUGCUGAGUUAAACGUUGACGUUAGCUGAAAUUGUAACGGCGUGGCAAACCUGUCGUAGUGCACCCAUUGUGUUGCUGCAUUUUUUAUUUGGCAAAGCCGGAGGAAUGUACAUGUGAAGCCUAAUACUCGAAACAUAUGUUCUUUCUAUUUUAGUGUGUGAACAAGAAUGUAAAGAUAAAAAAAUUGUAUAAGUAGAAAUGAAAGAUUAUAUAUUAAAAUCAGACGAAUGACUGCUAUAAGGGGAUAAGUGAAGGGUGUGAUAUUUAAAAAAAAAUUUACGAAUUAAGUUCUUCAGAAAAUUAGCACGCUACUUAUUACUGGCGGUUGGCUAAGCUGAGUAGAAUAAAGUCAAAAUAAUAAUAUAUAAUGUGUGCUAAGUGUAGUGCAUAUUUCUAAUUGAGAAUGUAGUGGUGCUGGGCGCCUCUCCGCCUGGAAGUGCAAUUAACAGUUAAAUUUUCAAUUUAAGUGUAAAUAAUCUAUUUUUUAUACGUGUACGUGUGUGUGCAAUUCCGUAUUGCACCGAAAAGCAAAAAAAUUCCGAAGUCAUCAGGUACCACAACGUUACAGCGUCUCAAGGCCAAGGCUGCAGGUGGUAGCGUAAAACGCAGUCGAACAAGCAACGCAGCGGCUGGGACAACGGUAACAUCUAGUAAUAGAGGAAGUAGUGGGAUUGGAGGAAGUGCUCGUGCAGCGGGCGGUCGUAAAUUUACUGCAAACAGUAUAACACAAUUGCAACGAAGUGGCGGCGGCGCUGGUCAGUGGUCAGCAGGGGCGGCGGCGACGACGGUUGGAGCGGGUGCUAGCACCGGAGUCAGUUCCUUUACAACGGCACCCGAUUGCUCUUUGUUGGUUGAAAGGGAAUCGGCAUAUUUGCAAGGUUUUCAAUCACCAAGCUACAACACCACAAAAUCAUAUCAACAACAACAAAACCAGUCCAAUUACAACAAUUCCCUCUAUAACACCAAUAAUAACGCCAGUGCCAAUUAUUCAAAUCACUCAACUUACGCAAAUACAUCAUCGUCAUCUCCACACACAACUACAACGCCUCAUAACAAAUUUCCAAGCGCCGGUGUUGGGGCAACGACGAUGAUGAUGACCAAACAUAAAAGCUCGCUCGCAGAGCGCCUUAACAUUGGAGACGAGGUGCGCGAUUUAAAGCUUGGCUGCACAUACAAUUCAAAAAAUACAACGACCGCCUUUCACACUAUCAAAUAUGACUUCAAGCCAGCAAGUGUGGACAAAAGUAAAGUAGCUACAGUGGACGUCGGCUCCAAUAAUCAAGUUACCGUUACCGUGCCAAAUUUAGUAAGCUCCGGUGUGCCUCAUACAGUUUAUAAGGGAAACCAUAGAAAAUACACAAAAGAAUGUUUGUUGAUUUACGAUCGAAAAACCGGUGGUAUUACAUUCGAGAAGUUAAAUCAUAAUAUUCAAGUAAAAAAGACGAGGAGUGAGAUGACAAACAAACCAAGUGCGAUAGCUGCUAGCGCAAAUGUAGCACCGCAGCAAAAACUAGAGAAUAGUACGAUGCGCAUCACAUCGAAAACGAAAGUGUCGACAGGGAGUCGUCGAAAUAAUAUAAUUGAUUUUAAGCCAAGAAACUCGCCAUCCGCAUCUGCAUCCCCGUCUGCACCGCCAUCCAUACACAAAAGUCCACAAUCAGCGCCGGCCUGGAACGCGAAUAAUACGCAAGCCACGCUGCCCAGCAUUCCAAUGAUCUUCGAUGACGACGAUGAUGGCAUGUUUGGACUGACCGCCGCCGCCGCCGCAGGCAAUAGUCAAACGCAUGGUGGCAGUGGCAGUGAUGCGGCAAAUAUGUCUUCAUCGUCCUCCGCAUCGAGUCAUAACAAUUCAGCGCACGAUUAUCACAUGCAAAUGCAGCAGCACCAGCUACAGCAGCAGCAACAGCAACAGCUGCAGCAGCAGCAGCAGCAACAGCAACCGGCGCCGACCAAACAGUCAAAGCAAUCGCAUCGUAACAAUCAAAAACGGCAAAACAAUUUGAACGCAGCGACGGCGACGUCGUCCACAAAUGCGGCGGCAAUAGCACAGAGUCAUGGCAAACAGACGAAGCACAACCGUAUAGAGCAACGAACUUCCUCGCCACAAACCUUUGCACAACAGCAGCAAAGGCAGCAACAGCACAAUCUCUACCAACAACAGCAGCAAUCCAACAACAAUCGCAUGUAUCCGACGAACUCAUCGUCCUCAAUGCAAAUGUCUAACGGUGUCGCUGGUGGCUAUCACAAUAGCAACAAUAUGUCCAUGGGAAAUCAAGUGUUGCAACAUCAUCAGACGCAACAACAACACCACAAUAUGCCAGGCAUGUCAUCGCCGCAUGACAGCGACGCAGCUAUGGCUAAUGCGGCCGCGCAGCUCGAACAGCAAAUACGCGGUCUUAGCUCAUCUAGUUCGAGUUCCAGCUCGGAUUCGAGCGACAGUGAUUGUGGCAGCGACUCCGACGACAGCAGUGAUGAAGAGGAUGACGCUGGCAGUCAUCAUCCUCAACAUCAACAACAACAACAACAAACGCAACAUCAAAUGCAUCAGUUGCCGAAUUUGAUGUCAGCGCUGCCACCAAUGUCAACUGCUGCGCAAUACAAUCGCAAUACGCCUUCGUCUGGCUAUGCGUCUAAUAAUAGCCACACCAACAAUAAUGGUGCAUUUACGAGUGAUUUGCUGCAAAACGAUCUGCAAUUAUCAUCGAACUCUUCCGAUGAAGAUGAUUAGUAGAAUAUAUUUAUAUAGAAUUACACACGCGCUACAUUAAAAAAAAACUAUAUGAAACAAUAUAAAAACAACUAAAACAUACGAUUACAUGCACAUAGGAAUAUUUGUUUGCUAUAUAUACAAUUUUUGAUUUUUUUUUUUUUUUUUUGUUAAUUCUUGGAUAUAUUGUGCGUAUGUAUAUUAUGCGUAUUCCUUCGCUAUAUACUUUAUGUAACUAAUUUUGUUUAGGAGUUUCUUUUUUAAAUUAAUAAUAAUAUGUAUAUUUAUAAAGACAUCGCUUGCAAAACUGAGCAUACAUACUCUUUAAUAUUGUAUAUGAAAUUAAAAUGCUGAAUUUAUUUGCAAUUGUAAUAUAAACAACAGUAAAAAAACGCAGUGUGAACGAAGCUAGAGUGGAAAGGAGUGAGGAAGUUAAUUUAAUACUAGUAAAAUUUAAAAGCAAAACUUAGCAAAGCAACACUGCACACUAAAUGCAUGUAUGUACGAAAUCUAGGUCUAUAAAGAGCAAACAAAUUCCAAGUGAGGCACAAAACGGUAAAAGCGAAUUUUUGUAGAAAGUAGUGCUUAAAGUGAAUAGCAUUAAUGAAUUGAAAAUAAACUAGUGUAGUUGCAAAUAACAACAACAACAUAGUAAAAUAAUAUAAACAAUGCCAAUUUGUAUAUAAAACUAAAUGAUAUUUUCGGUCAUUUAAUUUUAUACCAAAUAAGUUUAGUUCCACAAAAAAAUUUUUGUGAGCCAUGUGAAUCAUUCAAAUAGUAAAGUUUAUGCGCAUAAGUCCAAAAUAGUUAAAAAAUAACAGAAAUUUUACAGCAAAUAUGCAAUCAGCAACUGUGCAGGAUAAAGAGGAUUAUAAAUACAAAAACACAACUAAAACUAGUUUACUUAAUUUAGUGGCAUAUAAAUGCAAAAAUCUAAAAACAUGAAAUAUAACGAAAAAACGAAUGUUAGAGAGAUUUUGCAAAGCGACGCAAUUUAUUAGUGUUUUUGCUUAUGGGCGCUCUAAAUUAUUGCUGCAACAUUAUUUUCAUUUUGCAAUUGUGUAUCAGCUGCUGCAUGCAUAUGUUUGCUAUACAUCUGUGGCAAAAUUUAAAAAAAAGUUAAAGUCGACUUCAGUGCGGUUAGUUAUUUUGCUUUCUAGUAAAACUCGGCGCCUAUUUUUUUUAAAUAUAUUUUAUAGUAAAUUGAAGCCGAUUCUAAAAUAUAAUAUUCUCUACUCUGGCGAGUAUAAUUAAAACUUCCCUUACCAACCUAAGUCGACUUAAGCAACUUUAACAUAGUGCAAAAGCUAGGCAUAUUAUAAAGUAUUUUCAAAUUUUCAAUAAUUAACUUUAUACAAGUUUAGUUCUUAACAACUAUUAUUUCAUUGAGAAUAACAUAAAAAAUUGUUUUAAAAAUUAUUCACACUUUUAAGCAAUAUAAAUAUGACCGUUUUUCAUUUUUAGCAUAAAGAAAUAGCUUACGAACUGUGAAAUUUCUUAUAAUUAUUUAAUUUUCAGACUUUUUCCAAUUACCGUUUUCCUAAUUGAAAUAUUGUAGUUUGGAAAUUUUAUUAUAGUAUAAAUCUACAUAACAAGCGCGAAAAGUACAGCAACUUUUUUGUAUAUAUUAUAAUUUUUUUAAUUAUUUGCGAAAUUAUUCUUUGUUUUACCUAUUUAUUCAAUUAAAUUACGUUUUAUAAUUAUACUUACAACUAAUUUGCAAAUGAAGCAAAUAAAAAAAUUAUGAUUGUAACAUAAGUAAAACAUUUUUUUUUAAAUUAUGAAAUUUAGUUACGAAAACUUGAAAGCAAGAUAAACUGCUGGCUUGGAAAUAAUGCAAAUUAAGAAUGAGUGUAAAGAAAUGGUAAUAAAAAAAACAAGAAAUUGUAUUACCACUGCAAUAGUAAUUUUCAAAAUAAUGACCCAGAAAAAGUACUUAUUAAAAUAUUCUUUUCGCUGCUAGUUAGAAAGCUUAAAAUUGUUUAUAAAAAAUAAUUUUCGACCACGUAUUGCUCGAUUGAGAGACUUCAAUGGCAUUGUGGCCACUCAGUAGCGCAUUUCUGAAUAAAUUUUCGGUAAUAUUUUAAAAACUAAAUUUGAAUAUCGUGAGUAUAAUGUAUAUAUAAUUUUCAGAACUAAGUUCGAGAAUCAAAAAAACAAAUAUAUGUAAAAACCUUAUACUUUUUUGUAAUUACCAAACAAAAAAAAAACGAAGAAAUACUCUUUCAUUAUAAGUUCUAUCGUGGUCUGUUCUACAAAUGUAUAUGUGUGGUAUAUACUUUUUAAUUCACAUUUAUUGCUUUGUUAUUCUUUGCUCACUCACCUGCCACAGCAAAUAGCAAUCCACAUCAACAUACAUGCAAACAAAGAAAUUUAUGUAUAUAAAUAAAUGUCUAAAAGUUGCCAUUUCAACUGAAGAGAGGUUGUAAAAUAAAAUAAAAAUAAACAAUAUUUUAAA